GGCAGGGCCAGGAGUCAACGCGUGUCGCUUGGAAGGCGGGUAGUUUGGGAGAACCUGUGCUGACUGCAUGAGUGGAUUGUAGCUGUGUGGUGCCCAACAUGGAUGACUACGUGGUCCUGAGAGUGAUUGGGGAGGGCUCCUUUGGCAGAGCCCUUUUGGUUCAGCAGGAAAACAGUAAUCAGAUGUUUGCCAUGAAAGAGAUAAGGCUUUCUAAGUCUUUCUCUGAUAUGCAGAAGUCUAGGAAGGAGGCUGUGCUGUUAGCCAAAAUGAAACACCCCAAUAUCGUUGCCUUUAAAGAAUCUUUUGAAGCUGAAGGACAUCUGUAUAUUGUGAUGGAAUAUUGUGAUGGAGGGGAUCUGAUGCAAAAGAUUAAACAGCGAAAAGGAAAGUUAUUUCCUGAAGAUAUGAUACUUAAUUGGUUUACACAAAUGUGCCUUGGAGUAAAUCACAUUCACAAAAAACGUGUGUUACAUAGAGAUAUCAAGUCCAAGAAUGUCUUCCUCACCCAAAAUGGAAAAGUAAAACUGGGAGACUUCGGAUCUGCCCGUCUCCUCUCCAAUCCAAUGGCAUUUGCUUGUACCUAUGUGGGAACACCUUAUUAUGUGCCUCCAGAAAUUUGGGAAAACCUGCCUUAUAACAAUAAAAGUGACAUCUGGUCCUUGGGAUGCAUUCUGUAUGAACUCUGCACCCUUAAACACCCAUUUCAGGCAAAUAGUUGGAAAAAUCUUAUCCUGAAAAUAUGUCAAGGAUCCAUCAAUCCACUACCCUCGCAUUAUUCCUGUGAACUUCAGUAUCUGGUCAAGCAGAUGUUCAAAAGGAACCCUUCCCACCGCCCUUCAGCUACCACGCUUCUCUCUAGAGGCAGCCUGGCGCGUGUUGUACAAACAUGCCUACCCCCUGAGAUCAUCAUAGAAUAUGGUGAACAGGUAUUAGAAGAAACCAAAAAGUCUAAGCAUAACACACCAAGCAAAAAGGAUUCUAACAGAAUCAGUCUACCUUUGGGAAAAGAAGCAAACAUGGUGCAAGAGGAAGAACAAGGUAGAAAGUGUAGCCAUCCUGAUUUAGAAAGCAUUAAUAAAAAUGUGGUUGAAAGUGCGUUGGGGAAAGUAAACAGAGAAGAAAAGGGUAAUAUUAGGAAAGCCGGUUCACCAAGCCUCCAGAGGCAACAAUGGGAGAAAAAUUCAGCCAAUAUAGCUCUUGCAGCUUUGGAAAACUUACCCAUACUUACAUCCAGUUUAACAGCAGAGGAUGAUAGAGGUGGUUCUGCAAUAAAGUACAGCAAAAAUAAUACUCGUAAGCAGUGGCUCAAAGAGACCCCUGAUACCUUGUUGAACAUUCUUAAGAACGCUGAUCUCAGCUUGGCAUUUCAAACAUACACAAUAUAUAGACAAGGUUCAGAAGAGUUCUUGAAAGGCCCCCUGUCGGAAGAAACAGACGCAUCAGACACUGUUGAUGGAGGCCAUGAUUCUGUCCAUUUGGAUCCAGAGCGACUCAAGCCUGGGCUGGAUGAGGAGGACACGGACUUUGAGGAAGACGAUGUCCACCCUGACUGGGUGUCAGAACUGCAGAGGAGAGCUGGACUGCAAGGCCUAUCUGAUGGAUAAUGCCCAAGGAGGGGUUCCCGAGUCAUACUGAAGAGACACUUCGAUGACAAUUCAUGUUGGAAUCAUAAUUAGUUCUAAUUAGUUCAUGAAAUGUGUAUUUCCUUUGGAAGGAGAAUGAAGAGGGGGAAAUUGUUAAUGUUUAAAAUAGUCCCUGAUUGGUAUCAUGGAGUGUAGAAAAAAUCUAGAAUUCCUGUGAGUUUUGGAACUCAAGGGAAAAGUUAUAGCAGAAUGGAAUGAGCAUUGGGCUUUGCACGACCGUAGGGCAGAUAUUGGAUGCUAGCACUGCCACUAACUAGUUGCAUGAUUGUGGGAAAUGAACUUCUGUGAACCCCAAUUUCCUCAUCCAUAAAAUGAGCAUAAUAAUGCCUACUUCAGGGAUGCUGAUCAUAGACCAGCAGCCCUUAAUGUUAUUAUUUGCAAUUGUGAUUUGGGUUUAUUACUGUGUAACUCUUUGUGUAUUUCCUAAAGGGUUA